AUGUUUUUAAAACACCACUACCCCUUCCCCACCCCCCAAGGUCUCUUUCCUCCUGCUAUCCGGGGGUGGAGCGAGGGUGGGGGUAAAAUCUGCAAAUGUUCCUGUGCUAAAGGGUUGCAAGCAGCAGAGAAGCGGCCGGCCUUGGCGACAGGGGAGGUUCAGGCUGCGCCCUCUCUCCUUCCUUACAUGUCUAGUGCCUUCCAGACUGUCUCUUGCUUGGCCAAGUUCUCCUGCCAGAGGGAAGGGGUAAUCAAGCCCGCCUCGCAGGUCCUUGGAGUUGCUUCCAUCCCAAGUUCCCACUUCCCUCCUAUCUGGAAGCUACGUGACUAG